GAACGACCGCAACGACACAAGCCAUGAUCUACAAUUGACAAUUGGACCUCUCGACCACAAAUUUCUCGUCACUGCGUUGAUAGCCAACAUCUGCGUCUACUACCUUACAGGCUUCUCUCUCAGCCUGCUUGCGAUUGUUGCAGUUGACUGCAUCAUUGGCUUUGUGUCAGUCUCUACGAUACGAAGUAUACCUUCAUCUCGUACCUAGUCUCUGCGGUCGGGUAGUCGAGUAGUCGAUGUUCCACUCAGGGGACUCUACCAGUUAUUGAAAAGACAUCGACCUCGAGUGCGUCGACAUUUCAGUAUGGCUCAAUCCCCCAGGCCAGCCUCUGCUAUUGUCUGGAAGAUCAGAUGCCUUGAUAGAAUGUUGAUUUCGACUGUUUGUGUGAGCAAUCUCUGGGUUUACUACAAUACUGGCUUCUCGGCAAAUCUGCUCAUCUCUGUUGCAGCUUCCUGUAUCAUAUGCAUUAUGGCUGUCAUUACUGUCGAGAAGGUGGUGUCUUGAGUGCGAGUAAUCUCAAAGUUGGCGAUGUUUGUCAGGACCACAGUAUGGCCGAACCUAAGCAAUGUCCAUGCAAGAAAUGCUUGAAGUCCCC